AUGCCUUACCAGCUCCUCGGUAUCAUUUUCUUUCUCAGCUACUUUAACUUGGUGGAUCCGUUAAAAUGCCACAGUCAACAUACGAAUGCUUAUCCGCUUCCGGAACACAAAAAAACCGAAUGCGUCGGCGAGAAAUGCUGGAUUCUAAAAAACGCCCAAACGAAACAAGUAUCCCGAGACUGUAUGUGGGGCUUCCAAUUCAAGAUUGGCUGUGAUUUACUUGAGAUCACCAAGGAUAACGUGACGACCCAGUAUUUUCUCUGCUUCUGCAAUAAUACAAACAAUUGCAACAGCGAGUUGCCGACUUUUGAUACCACGAAAAACGUCGCAAAGUUGGGCGGCAAGCAGAUACCAUUGCGGAAGAUUGGAGCCGAGGAACUGAAAUGCUAUGAUUUCCUUGACACACAGAUCUACUCAAACGAUGGCGUUAUGCCAUUUCUAAAACCCAACCCAUCUUGGCCAGUGGCUGGGAUGAAACCAAAGACCAUGCAAAAAGCAUCGAGCUGCGGCUUGCGGGUGAGGGAACUGCUCAAAAACGAGACAAAAACCGAGGUGAUGAUGUGGGACCACACUUUCGAGCUCUACAACUUUGCCCCAUCGCUCCACGGCGACGAGUGGCCGAUGUAUGAUGGGCUCGCCAUUACCAAGCAGUUCAGCUGGGACUAUCGACUCACACAACAAUUUUGCUUGACGGACCGUUGUAACGCCCUCACGACAAGUCUGGCAUCCUAUGAGAAUAGUGUGGAAUGCUUGGCGAUAGACGGAAAACGGUGCCGAGGGCAAGCUUGUUUCUUCGGGUUCUACAGCAAGAUAGAUGUGGUCGGAUUCUAUUCACCAAUGGAUGGUAUCCAUAUGUACGUCUGCGCCGAGGAUCUCUGUAACCGCGACGAAGCCGCGGCACUGGAAUCGGUCCAGACUUGCUACCCGAAUUAUCCACCGCUGCAAAAGCCGGGUGUGGAGACGUGGGCUGACGUAGAGAAAGCUCUUGCCACCGGCCUAUAUUCAUUUAACUGCAACGGGCCAACCACUGACCCUACAACCACUAUUAAUCUACCAUCAGAGAUAAUGACGACGACAGAGACACCUGGGGUCGAAUCUGGAACCUCUGGUCCUACAGAAAUUUCUAUGGAAUACGAAGAUGGUAAGUAUACCGUUUGGGGCUGGCCCAUCGAGCCGGAACUGUUCAAUUUUGUGCCCACGCUCUAUGGACAGUUAGCGCCGUUAUAUGAUGGGCUCGUAUAUGCAAUUCAGGAGCGCUGCAACCAGUUGACGACGAACCGGGGUUUUUAUGAGAAUGGAAUCACAUGCUUGGUUGAAGGAACAAAAUCAUGCGUAGGGCAAGCGUGCAUAUUUAUUGUCUAUGAAAAGCUGAACAAGGAUGAACGGGAUGUCGUGGCACAAUCCGGGUGCUUUUCGCAGGAUUGGACGAAUUCGGAUGCUCAAUAUAAGAUCGGGAUGUAUAUGCCAUCGCACAACGUUAGAAUGUACAUCUGUGCCGAGGACAACUGUAACCAAGAUGAGGACACAGCCAAGGCAUCAAUUCAGAACUGCGAGCCGAAAUAUCCCCCGGUAAAAGGCCCCGGAGUAGAGACGUGCCAUGCAACAGACUGCAAUAAGGAUCUCCCUACUUUCGAUGCCAAGAAAGGUCUGGCCACAAUGGGUGGUGCGCAAAUACCGUUGCGAAAACUUGGCGCAAAGCAGUUCCGGUGCUUUCAAUUUAACAAUGCUGUGGACUACCCCCAGGGUGGCCAGCCCCCAUUUCUGAAACCACAACCCAUGUGGGACGUCAAUUUUACGGCUUCACCGACCCUAGUAAAACAAUCGGCUUGCGGACUGGAGAUCGAGGAAUCUUACAAGGAGCCGGAGGAGAAAAUAAUCAUCGGUCGGAACAGCGAUCCGGAGCUGUUCAAUUUGGUCCCCUCACUCUACGGUCAAUUGAUCCCGACCUACGAUGGUUUGGUCUAUGCCGUUCAAUUUUACUGGAGCGUUCGGUAUUGGCAAAAGUUUUGUUUAAAUGAUUUCUGCAACCAGCUGACGACGAAUCCCGCUUUUUACGAGAACGGUAUCACUUGUCUAGUUGAUGAAACGAAGCAAUGCGUUGGCCAAGCCUGCAUAUUUAUUCUCUAUGAAAAGAUCGAUAAGACUGAGCAAGACAUCAUUGUCAUAUCCGGUUGCUUUUCGCAGGAUUGGACGGAGUCGGUCGCGCAAUAUAAGGUCGGGUAUUAUUCGCCGACGAAAAACAUCAGGAUGUACAUCUGUGCCGAGGAUAACUGUAAUCAGGAUGAAAAUAGAGCCAUGGCUUCGAUACAGAACUGUCAGCCGUAUUAUCCGCCGGCCAAGGGGCCUGGCGUCGAGACGUGGUAUGAUGUUCAAAAAGCACUGGCAACCGGCGAAUAUUCGCUAAAUUGCAAGGGUUCGUCUACCCAGAAUCCCAUUGAGACAACGACGAAGGGUGCCGAAGACAAAUGCAACCUUCUAGCCUCGAAUGCGGCGAUGUAUGAUGAAAAGGCUGUGAAGUGCCUGCUACCGACGGAAGGCGAAGACACCACGUGCAUGGGCCAGGCCUGCUACUAUAUCUAUUACAAAACUAUCAUGGAUGGAGAGGAUUAUCCAGUUUCUAUCCACACCGACAAUUGUAACGAAGAUAUGCCAACGUUGGAUCUAAAGAAGAAAACGGCAACCCUAUUUCGCGUAGCCCUGCCGCUUAUAAACAUCGAAUCGGAAGGGCUGAACUGCACGGAUUUCUACAUAAGUUAUGCGGAUUAUCCUAACAACGGCCUGCCACUAUUCUCAAAACCCUCGAUAAAUUGGCAAGAGCAAACGUUCAGGGACAGCAUCGAAAAAUCGUCGAGCUGCGGGGUGACCGGAAGUGAAUUUUCUGUAAAUUCAACCACUUCUACCGUAAACAUCUUUUCAAACACCUAUGAGCCCUUCAAUUUGUACCCAUCGCUCUACGGUUUUCACUUACCGAUGUCGAUUAUGCAACGGCGUGGUACGGCUGCUUAUCUCAGGAUUGGACAAUGGCAGAAGGACAAUAUCGAAAAAAAGUCGACAUGCACUGGAGAUAUCUGUUGGCUAUUUUACGAUCCGGUAUGGGGGGAUUUCGUGCGUGACUGCAUGACCGGAUACGACAACGCAGCGGGCUGCAAGCGUGUCGUGGCUAAUGGCGUGCCCGAUUCAUAUAUCUGCUAUUGCAACCACACCAAUACCUGCAACAGCGGUUUCCCCGAGUUCAGCGCCGACAAUAAAACGGUGAAGUGGGCCGGUGCCAAACUGCCCAACAUCGAUUUUACCCCAAAAUUGGUGGAAUGCUUGGCGUCACUACUUGACCCGGUGCCGAUGCCACGUUCAAUGGUGUCGGAGCUCGACUGGCCAAAUCUAACGACAACCGCCCAGACGAUCCCGGGACUCGGUUGCCAGUUGACCGUACCGAUUGGCUUAAUAAACGCGACCACCGUCGAUGUGUCAAUCAGCGGCCGGGAAAUCAGAUCGGAACGCGUGCGGUACCUCUACCUGCUAAACCCCGGUAUCUGGGCGCCGGAUCAAACUUUUUACCAGGGUAUGCUAUACGGUUAUCAAAUCAGUGCAGCAUUUAUAGAUCUAGCCAUGUGGUGUCAACAGGAUGAAUGCAACAUUGUCAAAUCGCUCGAUUUCGCUUUGAGCAACGCCGUCACGUGUCGAUUGCAGGCAUUCGAUUUUGCCCCGAAGGACACUUGUUCGGGACAGGCAUGCUUCUAUCGCUUCGACAAAAUUACGGGUGUGCUGGAAAUGGGGUGCUUUUGGCAGGAUUGGACGCAGGCGGAAGGGCAGCUACAAGUUGGCUUCUACUCGCUUUUCGCCUCUGCCGGUUUCUACAUCUGCGCAGAAGACCUUUGCAAUGUUGAUAUAGCCACUGUAAACGCUUCGAUACAAAACUGCAAACCAAAGUAUCCGCCCUAUAAGGGGCAAGGCGUGGAGACGUGGGCGGAUGUUGAGACUGCUUUAUCCAGCGGUGAAUACUCCUUCACCUGUAAAACACCGCCGGCAACUACAACGAUACCAACCACAAUCGCCCAGAAAGCGGAAGAAUCGCCAACAAACUCUCCGCGAUUAGAAACGACGACAAAAUCUGGGCAUCAGAAAGUUUUUGGGUUGUUGUCAUAUUUGGUGCUCGUGAUGUUAUUUGACCCGCUCAGUCACACAUCCAACUGCAACAAGGACUUCCCGCAGUUCAACGAUACCUCGAAAACCAUAGUUUGGGCUGGCAAAUCGUUGCCCAAUAUGGACCUGCCAAUGCAAAAUUACACGUGUCAACAUGGGGCUCCACCGGAGGUGCCCCUCGCAAUCACCUCCAUAUCAAAAACAGAUUGGCUGAAUUUGUCGACGCUGGAGGCCACGAGCAUGGGGAUGGCUUGCUCGGUUGAGGGCGCCAUUACGCUAUUAAACGAUACCACAGUGGUCGUUGCGCCAGGUGGAAACCCGCAAGAAAUCAACGACCGUUUAUCAUAUCUUUUUCGCCUCGACCCAAUGCUAUACUACCCGGAUUUUCCCUUCUAUAUGGGGACACUUUGGGGCAGGAGUAUGCUAAAGACAGAGAUUAUUCUCAGAAAAUAUUGCACGACGGAUUACUGUAACAACUUCAACUCGAUCGAUGCACUGUUUCACAACGUGGUAACCUGCCAAACACAAAUGUUUGCCGUCCGAGACGAACCUAGCCCAAAAUCGGCGUGCCUGGGCGACACAUGCUGGCUAUUCUACGACCCGGCGCUACAACAAUAUGCGCGAGAUUGCUUGACGGGCAUAACGCGUGUGCCGGGAUGUCGACGAGCGAUCGUGAAUCAGAAGGCCGACUCGUACCUAUGCUAUUGCAAUCACUCGGCCAAGUGCAACGCCGAAUUUCCCGUAUUUCACGAGAAUAAUCAAACCGUUACAUGGGCGGAGAAGAGCUUGCCGAAUACAGACGUCAUCCCGCAAAUGCUAACCUGCGGAAAUGAAGCCUUUCCUGAGCUGACAAUCCCGAUCAACGCGGCGCCAACAGUGGAUUGGCUCAAUGUCACGACGGCGACCAUCACGAAGGAAGCGCCUGGAUGCUAUAUUAAUGGCGACAUAAAAAUGCCCCGAGAUGAGAAUUUUACUGUGACUUUUCGCACUGACUACAUAGCCAAAUCGCGGCAAGCAUACCUGUUCGCGCUGGAUCCGACUAUCUGGAUCGCUGAUAUGCCAAUAUUAUUUCCCGGCUCGCUCUACGCGACCCAAUUUUUCCCCUACAUUCAGGACGUACAGAAAUUUUGCCGAGAGGAACGUUGUAAUAGUGUAAGUUCCAUCGAUGCCCUACUGGUCGACGAGAUAACCUGCCAGAUGAAAGUUUUCGGUAACGUACCGCCUGAUACCUGUAAAGGCCAAGCAUGCAUCGUGCGAUAUGAUCACCCGAGCAGUACGCACGAGAGCGGAUGCUUUUGGCAAGACUGGACGACAGGGGAAGCUAGGAUUGAUAUCGGCUUCUACUCGACAAUGUCAAAUUCGGGUUUCUACAUUUGUGCCGAGGAUAUGGAAGGACGCGGAAACCUGGUCCGAUGUGGAAGACGCUUUGUCAACCGGGAACUAUUCCCUAAACUGCAGGCCUUCCGGUACUUUUACGACAUCAGCACCGACUGGGGCGACAACAACAAAAAUAACCUCAAGCGCGCCAUCUCGGAAACCUUGUUUACCAUCGGCUUCCGAUCGGGAGUGAUCCCUGGCCAGCGUGCGACAUACUUCUACCGGCUGGACCCGAUGUUUUACGUACGCGACUACGUGCCAUUCUACACCGGGGCGCUAUGGGCGACGAGGAGCGACGGUGAUUCCUAUCUGCCCAUAAAAUACUGCACCGCGGAUCACUGCAAUACGGUUCGGUCGAUGGGCGCAACCGUCCGCAACGACGUGAUCUGCGAGAUGCAAAACGAGCAGAACAUCACGCCGUCUAUCUGUACCGGUCAGGCCUGCUACUUUCGCUAUGACCCCUUGAGGCGCAUCUAUGAGAAAGGCUGCUAUUGGCAGGACUGGACAACCGGUGAAGGGCAAGUAGCGGUGGGUGGAAAUGCA